GGCUCUGAUUCCACGAUUAAAGAAUUCCUGACGCCAAGUAUAUAAGCUGGUUCUGGAAGACAGGUGUUGUCACAGUUAGUUGUUGCGUUUGCAUCAGUGAGGAUACCCAGCUCCCAGUUCCAGCUAGAAGAUCAAAAUGAAAGUUGCAGCUUUGUUCGUUGUGCUAGCCAUGGCUAUGGCCACCGAGGCUCAUCCAUCGUGGCCAUGGGCGGGACUUCCGUGGGCCGGAGCUUGGCCUGGAGCAUGGCCCUGGGGACUGCCAGUGUAUGCCCCUGGCCCGGCGCCCGUUGUGUCAGUCGAUGCCCCUGCUGUGCCAGCCCUAGCGGCGACAUCUGUCAACGCAAACCGUGGAGCAGUUCAUGUCGCUCCACUGCCCGGACAUGCCAUCAACCAGCAACAGCUGAAUCUGGCUCCAGCUCCAGGAACCAUCUAAAUCCACCCUCCGCUCUCCUCCUACGUAAUACUCAGACGACAAGCUCUAUCGAUGCCAUUUCGCAUUAAAAUUUAUAUUCACGAGAAACUAUCAACAAGCAAAUAAACUCACUUCAUUUCAUGAUCUGAUAA